AUGCUUCGCAAGAAAGAAGUCUACACUAACACCAUCUCCCUCCCCUCCAACAUCCCCCGUCAACUAGCCAUUGAUAUCCUCCACAACCACGGCGAGAUCAUCUCACUCAACCCCCUCGUUAUCUCCCACCACCCCAUCAAAGCACCGCGCAACGCCCCAGCAGAUGAGUACUACUCAACAUGGUACGAGAUUACCGAGCGAGUGCGCUACGUCCCCGGCACCAUCAGCUUCAGAGGCUGCUUCCACGACGAACCCUGGGGGCUGAAAACCCACACCUACGCACCCAUGGGCGUUGAUCUGCGCAACACAUAUCGCAUUGUGGAGGACCCAAUCAAUGACCCGUCGCUUGAACUCGCAGUUACAGAGUCCGUGGGCAAUAAUAAAGGAGGACUCUGUCUGCGCGAAGACGUCGAGAUCGAAUGCAACUUAACACUGAUUUCGUUCGUGAAGAGCCAGCUGCGCGCUGCAUCCAAGGUAUUAGUGGAUCGCCUGAUCAAGAAGGCCGAACUCCUCGACGCAGGUGUCUUGCAUGGUAUUAUGGAAGACGGAGUGCUCAGGACGUAUAACCCAGCGGACCGAACACAUACAGCCGUGAUGAUGCAGCCGGAUGAUCGGUCACGACGAUCGUCAUACCAGGUGCCCAUGUCGCCGAGUGAGUAUUCACGGUCGGAGUCGAUGACUUCACAGACGCCCCAUGCAUUUGCGCAGCCGUAUCGGCAGAGUCGUAAGCAAGAAUUUACGGCGGAAUUGCCAGCUGAUACAUACUAUCCCAUGCCGGGGCCGGGGAAAUAUAAAGUACCACCAGAUGGAGGAUACCCGGCUGAAUUGCCUGCAAUGAACGAGAGGCCUGGAGGGUAA